AUGUCCUCCCCAUUCAUUUCCGAGGACACUUAUGAGCAUGCCAUCGAUGUUGCUCCCGAAGCACAUGGCAAGACACCUUCAUACAGCCAGACCUCACUAAGCCCCCAAAAUGUCGCGCAUUUUGGUAACGUUGGAUUCCUUGCCGACAACUUAUUGUACGUCGAACAAGAAUCCCAGCAACUUGAAACUUUGUCUACCCUCAACAGCUCGUCUCCUCCUCAGAACGAUGUUGGGCUGCAUCAAACAAUGUUUGGAUCAUUUGGCGAGAGCUUCACAACAGUUCAUGAUGGAUCCUACCGACCAUCUGAAGGAUUGAUACAUUCACAGCGUCUCGAUGGGCAAAACACUGCUUUAGUCGUUGUACCUCCAGCCCUAUCGCAAGUGCAGCAGACGAGUCAACCCCGGCAAGCCAAUGGAGUCUACUUUGAUAACUUCAACCACGGCAUAAACGCCCUUCCCCCUUUCUGGCGCUGUCCAGCCAACGACACCAGCAUUCCCACCACCGAUGACCACCGACAAUACUGGGCAGGGAGACUUCUCGCCGGUAUGAACAAUCUCACUGAUGUGUUCGACAAACCGAGUGCUGCGUUCAGAAAGCACUGGUUCGAUCCAUCCUGGUACACCGCUCCCCACAGAGAAUCCGUAUGCUGGGAAAUCCUUGCGAUAGCCGAAGGACUCCAUCGAUCCCGCCCAUUCGCUCUCCAGACCUUCGAUCCGCAAUUCUGGAAGCAAACUUUCAAGACGCGCGAUUGGACUUUCAGUCAGCGCAUGGAGAAGAUUAUCACACUGCUGACGUACUCGAAGGCCCGAUGCGAGAGGCUGCUAGGAGGUAUGAGUAUGCACCAUGUGGUUGGAAAUCCGGUGACGUUGCUGUCCAGCACGAGGGGCAACGCCAAGCAGAAUCGCCGACGCCAGGAUUUCUUGGAGGCUGGUCGUGAAGCGCAGAAGUUAGAUCCCGCACUUGGUGUCGUUGAGGAUCCUGCAACAUCGCCAGACAACUUGUCGCGGAAUGCUAGGCAGAACCUUAAGCGACAGCGUCUGUUGGAGGUUGGCCGUGCGGCGAAGAGGCAGAAGACUGAACUUUGA